UCAUCCGCCAUCUUGUGCGAAGCAAGGUGGCCUCUACCUUCCCCGAGCGCCUUCUCCGCUUCUGCCUUGACCGCCCGUUGGUCACAGACAUGUCUCGGGAUCGGUUCCGGAGCCGCGGCGGUGGCGGUGGCGGCUUCCACCGGCGAGGAGGAGGCGGCGGCCGCGGCGGCCUCCACGACUUCCGCUCCCCGCCGCCCGGCAUGGGCCUCAGUCAGAACCGCGGACCCAUGGGUCCCGGGCCGGGCCAGGGUGGCCCCAAGCCCCCGAUCCCGCCACCGCCUCCGCACCAACAGCAGCAGCAGCCGCCGCCUCAGCAGCCGCCACCACAGCAGCCGCCGCCCUUGCAGCCGCCGCCUCACCAGCAGCCUCAUCAGCCACCGCAUCAGCCGCCACCCCAUCAGCAGCCGCCGCCGCCACCGGACUCGUCCAAGCCUGUCGUUCCUCAGGGACCCGGCCCGGCUCCCGGGGUAGGCAGCGCUCCGCCAGCCUCCGGCGCGGCGCCGCCCGCCACUCCCCCGACCUCGGGGGCCCCCACGGGGCCAGGCCCCACCCCGACCCCGCCGCCCGCUGUCAGCUCGGCGCCCCCCGGGGCGCCCCCGCCCGCGCCGCCGAGCAGCGGGGUCCCCACCACCCCGCCUCAGGCCGGGGGCCCGCCGCCUCCACCCACAGGGGUCCCGGGCCCCGGGCCUAAGCAGGGCCCAGGACCCGGCGGCCCCAAAGGCGGCAAAAUGCCAGGCGGGCCAAAGCCCGGCGGUGGCCCGGGCCUAAGCACUCCUGGCGGCCACCCCAAGCCGCCGCACCGGGGCGGCGGGGAGCCCCGCGGGGGCCGGCAGCACCACCCGCCCUACCACCAGCAGCACCACCAGGGGCCCCCGCCCGGCGGGCCCGGCGGCCGCAGCGAGGAGAAGAUCUCCGACUCGGAGGGAUUUAAAGCCAACUUGUCUCUCUUGAGGAGGCCUGGAGAGAAAACUUAUACUCAGCGUUGUCGGUUGUUUGUUGGGAAUCUACCAGCGGAUAUCACGGAAGAUGAAUUUAAAAGACUAUUUGCUAAAUAUGGAGAACCAGGAGAAGUUUUUAUCAACAAAGGCAAAGGAUUCGGAUUUAUUAAGCUUGAGUCUAGAGCGUUGGCAGAAAUUGCCAAAGCGGAACUUGAUGAUACCCCCAUGAGAGGGAGACAGCUUCGGGUUCGUUUUGCCACACAUGCUGCUGCCCUUUCCGUUCGAAAUCUUUCACCCUACGUUUCCAAUGAACUGUUGGAAGAAGCCUUUAGCCAGUUUGGUCCUAUUGAAAGGGCUGUUGUAAUUGUGGAUGAUCGUGGGAGAUCUACAGGGAAAGGCAUUGUUGAAUUUGCUUCUAAACCAGCAGCAAGAAAAGCAUUUGAAAGAUGUAGCGAAGGCGUUUUCUUACUGACAACAACUCCUCGUCCAGUCAUUGUGGAACCUCUUGAACAAUUAGAUGAUGAAGAUGGUCUUCCUGAAAAACUUGCACAGAAGAAUCCAAUGUAUCAAAAAGAGAGAGAAACUCCUCCUCGUUUUGCCCAGCAUGGCACAUUUGAGUAUGAAUAUUCUCAGCGAUGGAAAUCCCUGGAUGAAAUGGAAAAACAGCAAAGGGAACAAGUUGAAAAAAACAUGAAAGAUGCAAAAGACAAACUGGAAAGUGAAAUGGAAGAUGCCUAUCAUGAACAUCAGGCAAAUCUUUUGCGUCAAGAUCUGAUGAGACGCCAAGAAGAAUUAAGACGCAUGGAAGAACUUCACAAUCAAGAAAUGCAGAAACGUAAAGAAAUGCAAUUGAGGCAAGAGGAGGAACGACGUAGAAGGGAAGAAGAGAUGAUGAUUCGUCAGCGUGAGAUGGAAGAACAAAUGAGACGCCAAAGAGAGGAAAGUUAUAGCCGGAUGGGCUACAUGGAUCCAAGAGAAAGAGACAUGAGAAUGGGUGGUGGAGGAGCAAUGAACAUGGGAGAUCCCUAUGGUUCAGGAGGCCAGAAAUUUCCACCUCUAGGUGGUGGUGGUGGCAUAGGUUAUGAAGCUAAUCCUGGAGUUCCACCAGCAACCAUGAGUGGUUCCAUGAUGGGAAGUGACAUGCGUACUGAGCGCUUUGGGCAGGGAGGUGCGGGACCUGUGGGUGGACAGGGUCCUAGAGGAAUGGGGCCUGGAACUCCAGCAGGAUAUGGUAGAGGGAGAGAAGAGUAUGAAGGCCCAAACAAAAAACCCCGAUUUUAGAUGUGAUAUUUAGGCUUUCAUUCCAGUUUGUUUUUGUCUUUUCUUGUUUAGAUACCAAUCUUUUAAAUUCUUGCAUUUUAGUAAGAGAGCUACCUUUUUAUGGAUGUUAGCAGUUUAUUGACCUAAUAUUUGUAAAUGGUCUGUUUGGGCAGGUAAAAUUAUGUAAUGCAGUGUUUGAAACGGGAAUUUUUUUUUUUCCUUUUUAUUUCCUUUUUUUUUUUUAACUGUAUAAUGUCCCUCAAGUUACGGCAGUGUACCUUGUGCCACUGAAUUUCCAAAGUGUACCAAUUUUUUUUUUACUGUGCUUCAAAUAAAUAGAAACAAAUAGUUAUAAUAUUGAUCUUCAACUUUGCCAUUCAUGCUUCUAUGCACAUUAGGCUAGGUAUUCCACUUUGAAAGCAUGAGAGUGUCCAGGCCUUUGAAUGGCAUAUGCCAUUUCUGGGAAAUGUAUUUGUAGGCUAAGUAUUGCUUUCUACAGGUAACUCCCCCCUUAUUUUAAAAAGAAGAAAUGCAUAUUGAAGUAGUUUCAUGAUUUGAUUUAUUUGGCAUUAUAGGAAGCAAGUUGGUGCUAAGUAUUUAAAUGGUUAUGUAAGCAAAGCUGAACUGUAAAUCUUCAUUCAGGAAUGUGUGUUAAGAUUAUGGAAUGGGUGUAAGAUUUGGUAGGGGGAGAAAGUGGGUAUGACUAAAUGGAUCUUUUAUGGCCCCAUGAUCUAUCCUUUCCUUGAAAGUUUCUGACAAAAAAGUGGAAAGAUCAUUUUGUUGCAUUCCUCCAUUCUUGUUUUUAAAGAACAAGUCCCAAGCCCUACAAAUGGCUUGUAUUGAACUUUCACAUUUGAAUUAAAGAUUGUUAAACAUGAA